AGAGAGUGAAAACUAAUAUUAUAUCCCAAAAAAUUGAAGCUUGGUCGUUAAGGUUUCGUCAGAUGGCUUCACAACCGUUAGCCUUAGCCCAAUCUCCUCCAAAAUCUCAUUGCUGGUCCGAGCUUCCUCUAGAUCUCAUGCAGCUGAUCUUGGAGCGCCUUGGAUUUGCCGAUUUCGAAAGGGCUAAAUCAGUUUGUUCAUCAUGGGGAUCUGCUUCGAGAAAAUCAAAGCCAAACAAUAAGAUCCCUUGGAUGAUUCUAUUCCCUGAGGAAAAGAAUUACUGUCUCUUGUUCAAUCCUGAAGAUAAAGAAGAAAAGCUCUACAAAACUCAACAUCUUGCCGACGACUUUACAGAAAUCCAUUGUCUGGCGACAUGUAGAAGCUGGCUUUUGAUGGAUCCUAGUUUGAAAAACAAGGAAAACCCUGUUUAUAUUUUAAAUCUCUUAACCCGCGAGAGAAUCAAUCUACCUCCUAUUUGGGAUCAACGAUUUGACUCUCCGAUAUUGUGGAUAGACGAGAAAACCAAAGAUUACCUUGUCAUAGGAGAUACUCUACUUUAUUUGAAGAAAGGUGAUAAAUCGUGGAAACAAAUCUCGGAAGGCAUCCAAGAUGACAUGGUAUUCAAAGAUCACAAACUCUAUUGUCUCGCCGAUGAUGAACUGCGUAUUUUCGACUUUUCUGGUGAAUUUCCGCUGCAAGUUUCCAGAGUUAGCGUAGGAGGGGGACGCGUACAACCAAAAAUAUUAAGCUGUCGUCGGAUGAGAUUGCCUGAUAUUCCAGAUCAUAUCCAAGAGGUUCGCACGAGGGAGAACGUGGUAGUCACUGUACGAGGAGAUGUCUUAAUUGUUAAGAGCGAAAGUCCUUUUUUGUCCGAAACAUGGAACUUUAAAAUCUUCAAGAUGGAUUCAUCAAAUGGGCUGGAGGAAAUUUUUUCUUUGGGAGAUGAGGCGAUUAUUUUAGAUUUGGGUAUUACAGUGCUUGCUAAGGACCAGGAUGGCAUCACUAGUAACUCCAUUUACUUCACAGGCGAUGAGAUAGGUUGGUACGAGUGCGACACUGAAAUCUUUGUAUUCAAUCUCGAUUCAAAGAAGGCUGAACAACUACCACCACUUGUUUCUUCCUCUGUUUCAUUCUCUAGAGCUCGUUGGUUCCUACCAAGUUUCAGGAAUGAUUGAUCCCUACCUAUAGGGGUUUCUCUUCUUUGUUGUUGUUUUUUUUUUUUUUGAAUUUAAGCUUUUUAAUAAUUGGUACUAUUUUCUUGGUCUUCAAGCUUUCUAUUUCUUUUCUUUUU